AUUACAGCUCAAAUGAAAGACAGCCAAGGAAAAAACCAAACUGAAGUAAAAGAAUUUAUCCUGUUAGGACUCACAGACAAUCCAGAUCUACAGGGUGUUCUCUUUGUAUUGUUUCUCUCAAUCUAUUUGACAACCAUGGUGGGUAAUUUGGGGAUGAUCAUAUUGAUUAAGAUUGAUCCGUGUCUCCACACUCCCAUGUAUUUCUUUCUCAGCAGCCUCUCCUUUGUAGAUGCCUCUUACUCCUCUUCGGUCACUCCUAAGAUGCUGGUGAACCUUGUGUCUGAGAACAAAGCUAUUUCUUUCAGUGGAUGCGCUGCCCAGUUUUUCUUCUUUGGCUCUUUCCUGGGGACUGAAUGCUUCCUGUUGGCCAUGAUGGCAUAUGACCGAUAUGCAGCAAUUUGGAACCCACUGCUUUACCCAGUCAUCAUGUCUGGGAGAAUUUGCUUCUUGUUGAUAGCUACUUCCUUCCUAGCAGGCUUUGGAAAUGCAGCCAUCCACACAGGGAUGACGUUCAGAUUGUCAUUUUGUGAUUCCAAUAGGAUCAACCAUUUCUACUGUGACACUCCACCCCUGCUCAAACUCUCUUGCUCUGACACUCGCAUCAAUGGCAUUGUGAUCAUGGCUUUCUCCAGUUUUAAUGUAAUCAGCUGUGUUAUGAUUGUCCUCAUUUCUUACCUGUGUAUCCUCAUUGCCAUCUUAAAAAUACCCUCCAAAGAGGGUAAGUACAAAACCUUCUCCACCUGUGCCUCACACCUCAUGGCUGUCACCAUAUUCUUUGGGACGAUUCUCUUCAUGUACUUACGCCCUACAUCUAGCUACUCAAUGGAGCAGGACAAGAUUGUCUCUGUAUUUUAUACAGUGGUUAUCCCCAUGCUAAAUCCCCUCAUCUAUAGUUUGAAAAAUAAGGAUGUGAAAGGGGUCAUAAAGAAGAUCUUACAGAAACACAUACUCUAA